ACUAACUGAUCGCGUCGUAUCGUUCCUUUUCUUUUUCCUGUGCGAGAUCAACGUGCGUUCGAAGUCCAUCUAAUUAACACUAAUCGCAACAAAAUAUGCCACGAGAAAUCAAAGAGAUCAAGGACUUUCUGUUGAAAGCCAGGAGGAAGGAUGCUAAAUCUGUGAAAAUCAAGAAAAACGCAGACAAUGUCAAGUUUAAGGUCCGCUGUUCUCGAUUUUUGUAUACCCUUGUGAUCACAGACAAGGAGAAGGCUGAGAAACUCAAACAGUCCUUACCACCAGGUUUACAAGUAAAGGAAGUAAAAAGGAGUGAACGUGUGUAAAAUGACUAAAUAAACUAUCUUUUAAACAUGA